AGAGGCUCUAAAAUGUCGCUGACAGAGGCAGAACUGUUGAUCACUGGCGAAUUGCCAAUACGAAUAGAUGACGUCAUUGGGUGUCACUUGGAAAAUGAGUUGGACAACGCUUCCACAAGCAGUGUUGUUGUGGAAAAUUUCCCUCUUGUAAGGAAUAGACGGGCUCAUCGUCCUGUGAAUGUUACAUUUCCUUCGAAAACCGAUGCCGAAAAAUUCCUCGAAGAGAUGCAAGCGAAGAUAAGGAGAAAAACGCCUCCUCAUUUACUCACAAAAGAGCCAAACGGACGAGUUCUCAUCGUGAUUAAUCCGUUCAGUGGGCAAAAACGCGCUGAAUACUUAUGGGCAAGGCACGGGUCUCAUAUAUUGAAAGCAGCUGGAAUUUGUGCCGAUAUCGUCCAUACUGAUUAUCCUCAGCAUGCCACCAAGAUUAUGCAAGAACUCGACAUCGACCGUUAUGAUGCUGUUUUAGUGAACAGUGGAGAUGGUCUUGUGACAGAGGUUAUUUGUGGGCUGCUGCUGCGAAAAGACCGUGAAAGAGCCUUGAAGUUUCCUAUUUGUCACAUUCCUGGAGGAACGAGCAAUGCCCUGGCGGCUGCUAUAUGCUAUGCUUGCAAUGAGCCGUUUUCAUCUCGCGAUGUUUUCAUCAAAGAAUGUUGUCUCAUGGUGACCCGACCUCGGUAUAUUCCUCUCCGUCUCUACAAUGUUGAAACACAGUACGAUGGUACUAGAUCAAUGUUUAUGAGUGCAAAUUGGGGGCUUAUAGCCGAUAUAGACAUUGGCAGUGAACGUUUUCGAUGGGCUGGAAUGAUCCGAUUACACAUGGAAUCCGUGAUCAGAAUAGCAGAACUACCUCGUGUUGCGACAUACAGAGCUCGAAUUUCGUACAUUCCUGCGCAGUGCAAACUUACAUCGCGAAACACAAUGUUGAGAUUCAACUGCGAUAGGAAGAAGUUUGGCGCUGGCCAUUUUGACUAUGAUGAGGUGGACCAGGUUACUGGACUGGAGAAACUGGAAAAGGAGCACUUCUCAUCGCUGGAGGAGUCUCUUAAAGAUACUUCCCUCAACAGCAUUCCGCCACUGAAUCAGCCUCUAGAUGGAAGCUGGGAGACUGUAGAAGGAGAUUUUGUAAUGGCAAAUGUCUCCACGCUCAGCCAUCUAGGAUCUGAUCUACCAUUCCUUCCAUCGGCUCGCUUAGACGAACCGACCAUGUACCUAACGUUGAUAGACUGGAACACGAUAAAAUCGCGACUUCAUGUCGCUCACUUGUUCGUAUUUAUGGAAAGCAGUCGACAUCUAGCCCAUCCAUGCAUGCAGAUCAUCCCGGUAAAAGCUAUCAGAAUCGAGCCACUCUCAGAAGGCGGUCAUUUUGCCAUAGAUGGAGAGCCCUUCAGAUCAGGAUCAUCUUUCCAGGUGGUACCGAGCAAAUACUGCGCUACCGUCGUUGGCAGGAAAGAAGUGGUGCGAGAAGAACAGAACCAUAAUAAUAAAUAAUAAUGUACCAUAACUUCUUUUAUCCUAUGUUCUGUAAACUGUCUCUCUCC